AUGCAUCGCUCUCCAUAUGAUGGCCGUUCCGGCUCCCGUGGCAGUCACAGCAACAGCAGCGCAUUCAGUCCCAACGCCAACCCAAAUGAAGACUGGACGAAGAUCUCCGACCUCGCGGAGCGCCGGCGCAUUCAGAACCGCAUCGCCCAGCGCAACUAUCGCAAGAAACUAAAGCGCCGCUUGGAGGAUCUCGAGAGACGGGCUGCCACAUCCGCUUCCCCAGAACAGUCACACGCCGAGCCCGUGUCUCCCAAGGCCUCUCCCAAGACUCGAACCAAGCCGCGCACCAAGGCUACAGAUGUCAAGCCGCACUCGCAAUCAGACCGAGCGGCUUCGUACGACUACUAUUCCCCCGAGGACCGCCAAACUAUGUUCGCCCAGCAAUGUACUCGCCAGCUCUCCGCCUCUCCCCCACCCGUCUUCUCCUACCCAUCUAUGUCCCCAUAUGACACCUACCGGCAAUCCGCCUACGCUCAGUCCCCCAUCUACCACACCGCACCCAGCACAUACAGCGAAAUCGCCUAUCAAUCCGAAUACGGCGAGGCCGUCCCGUCCCUGGUGCCCGUCCUCCCAUCGAUGCAACCGCGCAAAAUGGCCUACGACGAAGACCUGAUCAGUCCCUUCAGCAUGAGCUAUGCAAACAUGGCCGGGAUCGAGCUGUGUCAACAAGCGCAGACGCAGUCGCAUCAGCCAUCUACCCUGCCGAUGCCAGCACUUGCAUACAGCUACGACCAGCGAGCCCCGUCGACAUCCCCCGAGGCAUCUAUUUUCACAUUCCCGCUGACGCCGGAAUCAGUGCCUUGCUCGCCUCGCUCGAUGCAUGGUCUGUACGAGUACGAUCUACGGCCGUGA